CAAUUAAUAGGGGAUGCACUAAAUAUUGGCCAAUUUGUUUGAGAAUAUAAAUGUACAUAAAAACAAUAAUAAAUUGGAUCUGAAUAAAUGUUUUGCCAGUUAAUACAAUGGAGUGAUCUUGAUCUUAUGAAAUAUGACUCUAGAUGACAUAAAAUGGCAAAGUACGAAUAAAUAUCACAAAAUAAAACCUCAUGAAUUGAUCACCGAAGUUCGUAAAUGAUUGAUAAAAACAACAAUUAUGGAUAUGACACCAUUAUACAGUCAAGAGAAAAUAUCUCAAAUUUGAUUUACUUUGUAUCAUAAGUGAGCAUUAAAACAAAGUCAAGGUGAAAGGUAAGUAACAUUGAGUAUAUAAAAAGAAAUGAUGCCAUAGAUUCAGCCCAGAUCUUAAGGGAUAGUGUACUGGAUAAACUGCAUGUCUCAAUAGUAUCACAAAAUAUCUCAAUACUGGCAAAUUGGCAGCAAGAUCGAGCCAUAUUAAACAAUAGUAAAAUAAAGUAAACUUUGAUUAAGAUGAAGUUUACACAAAUUUUAUUUGGGGUUGUGGUCAUUUUGACGAAUAGUGGAGUAAAUGGACACACUGGAAAUACACAGCAACAUGGCAUUUAUGUGAUAAAAGAUGGAAACAAAAUUUCAAAAACUCUAAAUUCUAAGAAUGAGUCUCCAUCUGUGGUGGGAGUAAUUCCAAGAGUUCCUGCUACUGUUGACAUUGGAGAUACAUAUAUUGAUACCACCACUACAAAUAGCAAUUUGGGUUAUUCCAAGAGUGUCACAGAUUCUAAAAGUGACAUCUCUGAUUCUAGAAGUGACAAAGAUGAAUCGAAAAGUGACAUAUCUGAUUCUAGUAGUGACAAGGAUGAAUCGAAAAGUGACAUCUCUGAUUCUAGAAGUGACAAAGAUGAAUCAAAAAGUGACAUCUCUGAUUCUAGUUGUGACAAGGAUGAAUCAAAAAUUGACAUCUCUGAUUCUAAUAAUAGUGGCAAAGAUGAAUCGAAAAGUGACAUCUCUGAUUCUAGUAGAGACAAGGAUGAAUCAAAAAGUGACAUCUCUGAUUCUAGUAGUGACAAAGAUGAAUCGAACAGUGACAUCUCUGAUUCUAAUAAUAGUGGUAAAGAUGAAUCGAAAAGUGACAUCUCUGAUUCUAGAAGUGACCAAGAUGAAUCAAAAAGUGACAUCUCUGAUUCUAAUAAUAGUGGUAAAGAUGAAUCGAAAAGUGACAUCUCUGAUUCUAGAAGUGACCAAGAUGAAUCGAACAGUGACAUCUCUGAUUCUAAUAAUAGUGGCAAAGAUGAAUCAUCAAGUUUAUCGACUCCAAAUACAACAGCUGUUAUAGACAGUACAGUGGCUAAAAGUGUCACAUCAGCAAUUACGCUGCCUGAAAGUAUGUCAUCUACAGGUUCAUUACUGCAAACUGAACUACUUGACAUAACAAUGUCUAAAAGCACGCCAUCUGAAAUUAUGCCUGCUGAAAAUACACCAUCUGCAAGUUUACUGCCUGGACAAUCAUUUAAACCAAUUACAAAUCCUCCAACAAAACCAACUACACAUCCUACAACAAAGCCAAUUGAAUCAAAACCAACAAGGCAUGCUACAAUGAAGCAAACUGAACCAAAAGCAACUUCCCCAACAAAACCAACGAGGCAUGCUACCCUAACUCAAACU